AUGGAUCCUGGGGAACAGAAAACCACGGCAGAAACCCUCUGUUAUGGACAGGCCUGGGUUACAUCAUAUUUUUGCGACGCAGUCUCACAAAUCAACCUACAGAUUGCAGUGGGAACAAGAGACAAAAUGGUUCAGGUUCUGACACUCAACGCAAGCUUGCAGCUCCAGUCCGUCUUCGCAGUGCAACUUGAAAAUACGGUACCCAAGUCUGUAGCAUUCACAGAUAACCAAGACAUCUAUGUCUUCAGGCUCUAUGAUGGCAACUUCAUGAAACUGAAGGAUGAAGAUGGUGGCAUAGUGCAGGAAAUUAGCUGCAAAUCAGUGUUUGGUCAUGCUGCAGUGCACUCAAAGCAGGGCGUUUUCAUCGUAGAUAAUGCGACAGACAGCUUUACAUUGUAUCGCCUUGAAGGCAAUGAUACAGACGCUGGCCUUGUGCAAACAAUAUCCAUGCGUGAUCUCCAUGGCUGCUGCACAAUUGCCAGCACUUCAACUGUGCUAGGGCAUGGGAAAACCACAAUCAAGAUAUGGGCAUACGAGUAUGCAGUACAGAAGGUAUCCAAGGCGCCUUCAGAGAAUUACUGGUCCCUGUUGUGCAUACUGAUGAUGCUGACACAACUACUGGCACUGCUAUCCAUGAGCGUAUUCCUCCUAGUAAACUAUAAAGAUAGCCUUUUGGACAGCGCAGUAAACCAUGUGCAUGGGUACAUGACUUUGGCAAUGAUGAUUAAUGUGGCCAACAACUUUUCACAACAUGUAAAAGUGGCCAUGAUGUUUGAUGAGUACGUCAAUAUCGAGAAGGAAAGUCCGACCAAAGGAUACAUCAAAAAUGAUAUCAGGAUGCUCCAGGAAUUAGCAGACAAGCUCAUUGAGUUAGCUCAAGAAGCGGUGGAGGGGAUGACAGUUGGCAAAAGCGGAGGAGUUGACAAGGGGUGGUCCAAAGGAUCGCAAUCAGCGAAGGGGAUGGAAUUGGUGAGGUGGAUGGUACUCCCAUGCAGGAGACACAACAGAUGGGAGAACAAUGAGCUCAAUGAGCUUGACAGUGUGAACCAAAGGAUCGCAGUCGGCAGCAAAAGUGGAGGAGUUGACAGGACAUUGGGUGGUGCAAAGGAUCGCAAUCAGCGAAAAGGAUGGAAUUGGCGAGGUAGAUGGUAUUCUCAUGCAGGAGACACGACAGUACAUACCGUCGUGCUCUGGGGAUGGGGGAUGAUGAGCUCAAUGAGCUCGACAGUACAAACCGUCGAGCUCGUAGUUGGCAGUGAUGAAGGCUCAAUGGGCAUGACUGCUCAACGGUCAACAUUCAUUGCUCCCCGGCUUGACAUUGAGGUUGCCGUGACCUUCCACGACCUUUUCCCAGGGCAUGACUUUAUUGACUAUGGGUUUAACAUUCUUUCCCUGGACUCCCAUACUAGGAGCCUUUGUUGCAUAUUGAUCAUAGGACUGCCUAUCGCAGAAAUAACUUGUAAACUGCACCGGCCGAUGAAGUUUAACAUCCUUGCCCUCGUCUUUCAUGGAACCGCCUAUCACAGAAACAACUUGGGCAGAAACUGCACCGAAGAAACAACUUGGGUGGAAACUGCACCAAAGGCACAAAAACUGCACCAAGAAGUUGUUCUGAUGUUUUCCUUUCUUACUUAA